GGGGGGCCGUUGCCAUGGCCUUGCGUCGCCCCGGUCCCCUGGCGUCUCGUCACGCUCCACUCCGGCCCGUCGUUGAAGCUACUCUGAAGUGACAGGCCUGGACUCCAGCUCGGGACCUGCUGACUUCGCUGUGCUGACUUAAAUAAGCCGUUCCCUUGGCUGAUUUAGCUUAUGCAGUUCCUGUGUGUGACAGUGUUCCACAGUAUUUCACUGUGCUUCUGCACGUAGAUGUAUGUGUGAACUCUUUGUAUAACACUAGAUGUUUUCGUGACUGUUUUUGCAUACCUGUAGUGUGUGUGUGUGUGUGUGUGACACAGAGAGAGAGAGAGACUUUCUGUAUGGAUGUUUGCAUGUAUGGCGUUAAAAGUAAAAUGCUUAUACAAGAUGAAACUCUCUUCUCAAAAAUAUUUUAAUAAUUACAUUUUCGUACGUCUGUUGACGUUACAGUUCUACCUGUUAAAAUAAAUUAAAUUGUUAAAAUAAUAACAUUAAAAUCAACGCUGAGAAUCGCACAGACUGGAGCUUAUUUAUACCCAGCACAACUGAAUCUGACCUCCCAGUCCAUUUCCCCCCCCUCCCCACUGCUUGCUUUACGAAAACAAGACGUUGCACAGUGGCCCUUUUCAGGAAAAGCCGCGAUUGGAUGAUAACUUAAGCAUGAUCUGGUCUGCUUGGCAUAGCUUCACGGUAUUCAUGCUCCAAGACCUCGCUUGUUUGUUCUCCUCCCUGAAGCUGUUGUUGCUGCUGCUGCUGCUCCUGCUGCUCCUGCUUUUGCCUUCGUUGGUUUUAUUUCUGAGUCUUUUCCUGUUUGUUCGUCAGACUCCUGCACUCCUCUCUGCCAUUUUCAUCUCUUCUGCUCCUGCCGCCUGCAGAGGAAUGGUACCUCGGUCUUACCCUUAGUGAAAGGACCCUGUCUGGAAGAACUUGGCGUGAGCGAGGCUCGUGGAGACUUGUGAGGGAAGAUUCUGCCCACCCGUUUGUCUGUCUGUGUGCGCCAGGAAUUCUGGGUAAAGGAGUGGCGAAUCUGGUUUUGAGAAGAACCUUUGUCCAUGUUUGUGGCUCUUCAAUGCAAUGGGAGACUUUGAGAAGAUCUGGCGGGAGCAUUGUGAGGAUGAGGAGAUGCUCAGUGAGUACGCCGUGGCGAUGAAGAACCUGGCCGACAACCACUGGGCGCGGAGCUGUGAAGGCGAAGGCCGCAUCGAGUGGUGCCGCAGCGUCUGUCAGGAGUAUUUCCAAGAUGGCGGCAUGAAGAAGGCUCUGGAUAAGGAUGCGAGGAGUGCCCAACAUGCACUGGGUCUCACAGCUCCAAGUCUGGCUCUUCAGGACAGCGCCCCCUGCAGGUUGGACCAGCAGUCGGGGAAGAUCCGCUUGCUGGACGUGGGAAGUUGUUUCAACCCAUUCCUGAAGUUUGACGAGUUCCUCACCGUUGGCAUUGACAUCGUGCCUGCAGUGGAAGUGUCCCCACAGAGCGUGCACAAAUGCGACUUCCUGAACAUGCAGCUGCAGCCGCCCCUGCAGCUGGCGCCAGACGCGGUGGACGCCUUUCUGCUGCAGCUGCGCAGCCCCAUCGACGCGCUGCCCGCGCAGCUGUUCCACGUGGUGGUCUUCUCGCUGCUGCUGUCCUACUUCCCGUCGCCCUACCAGCGCUGGAUCUGCUGCAAGAAGGCCCACGAGCUGCUGGCUCUGCACGGGCUGCUGCUGGUGAUCACGCCAGACUCCUCGCAGCCCAACCGGCACGCGCUCAUGAUGCGCAGCUGGCGCGUGGCCGUCGAGUCGCUGGGCUUCAAGCGCUGCAAGUACGUCAAGUUCUCGCACAUGCACCUGAUGGCCUUCCGCAAGGUGUCGGCCGAGACCAGCAGCGACCUGGUCAGCCAGAACUACCCCGAGAUGCUGUACAUCCCCCAGGACUUCAACAACGCAGAGGAGGAGGGGGGCUUCUCGGACGUGCCCACGCCCGGCCGCUCCGACUUCGAGGACGACCAGUUGGCGCGCGGUUUUGACGAGCUCCCCGACGCGCCCUACGACUCAGACUCCGGGGAGAGCCAGACAAGCUCCGCCCCCUUCCACGAGCUGGAUGACCCCAUCCUUCUGCACAGUUAGGGCCCUGCGAGGGGCUGGGGGCACGUCUCAGCCACUCGUACCCGGCCGCUUUGCCAAAUUAACCUGCUGCGUGUCCCACAGUCUGUCCUUUAGAAAAUGAUGCAGAUUGUACCAAGAGAUACGAUGUUUACAGCAGUGGCUGACCCACCCCCCUCCUCUUCCUGCACACUCACAUAAACAUACAAGCAAAUGGACAAAAGUGCUUUUUAAAAGGAAGGUGGAUCCCUUCUGUCUGGUAGAGAAUUAGUCUCCUCUGUGUUAUUAUUAUCUUCUUUUCAAUUUCAGGAA